UCUCUCCCGGAUAUCACGCCGGAUCAGAGGUCAGCGGUUCUCUCUCGCAGCCAUCUUGGAUCUAACGUCCUGAGUUGCAACCAUGCCCGGCGAAGCCACAGAAACGGUCCCUGUCACCGAGCAGGAGAUGCAGCAGCCUCAAGUCGAGACUGGAUCCGGCACUGAAUCAGACAGUGACGACUCCGUUCCAGAGCUGGAGGAACAGGACUCGGCACAAACACAGACGCAACAAGCUCAGCUUGCUGCUGCUGCUGAAAUAGACGAAGAACCUGUCAGCAAAGCCAAACAGAGCCGCAGCGAAAAGAAAGCACGAAAGGCAAUGUCAAAGCUUGGUCUCAGGCAGGUCACAGGGGUCACCAGGGUCACCAUCCGCAAGUCAAAGAACAUCCUGUUUGUCAUCACCAAACCAGACGUCUACAAGAGCCCUGCAUCAGACACAUACAUCGUCUUCGGUGAAGCCAAGAUUGAAGAUCUGUCCCAGCAAGCCCAGCUGGCAGCCGCAGAAAAGUUCAAGGUGCAGGGAGAGGCUGUAUCGAAUAUCCAGGAAAACACACAGACGCCAACAGUACAGGAGGAGAGCGAAGAGGAAGAGGUUGAUGAAACCGGAGUUGAGAUUAAGGACAUCGAACUCGUCAUGUCACAAGCCAACGUGUCGCGGGCGAAGGCUGUACGCGCUCUGAAAAACAACAACAACGACAUCGUCAAUGCCAUCAUGGAGUUGACGAUGUAGUGGGACCCUGCUGACGCAGAGUUGAAGAAAGGUUGCUGAUUUACUCCUGAGCUCGUUUAUACAGUUUAUACCUGAGGUGGAAAUAAAGUUGUGGCUUGAUGAAUUGAA